AUGCUGAAAAAAAGCAUCGACGCCAAAGUUCGCCCUCUCGCCAACGUCAGUCUUGAAAGAGCAAGUCUCCUCGGCGCUGCUCGCAUCUACGUCAGCAAAGACUCCCUCAUCUCACUGACGGGCGGUCUCGAAAGCGGUCGACCAUGCACCGUUGAGAGCCUCCAAACAGACGACAGCUCUGGCGAUGGGUCUGCAGCAGAUGCAGAGACUGCCAAACGGAGGGGAGCCUCGCUAUGGGUUCUCCCCGAAAAGAACAUUAGCCCCAAUGUUGUCAUGAUGACAAGGGCCUUUCAGGAGGCCACGGGAUUCAAGCUCGGAGACGUGGUCAGGAUUACUCUUGCAGAGCCUGCUGUGAUUCCAGAUGCAGAAGAAGUCGUGGUUCAAGAUGCCGCGAGUGAGGCAGAUCAGCAAAAAGAUGGUGCCGCGGAUUCAAAACAUCCCCCGUCUUGGGAAUUUUCCGUCAGCGUCUCCCUCGACCGUGCGGAACAAGUGUUUCCCGGCAUGGUGCUUGAGGGUGUCAACAUCAACAAGCUGCGCCGAACGUUCAAAGUCAUAUCUGUCAAUGGACAGUCUAAUAACCUAGCCCGCUUCAAGCUCUCCUCGUCAACAGUACGGAUUGUCCAGCCCGGAGGAGUCCCCGGUUUAUCAUCUCAAGUCAACACCAUCAACCAGUUUCUCAGGGGCUUUGGCCGACCUUUCUGGAUACAGAAUGAGCGCGAAUCUUGCGGCUUCGUCAUUCACGGUGGCCAUGGCACUGGCAAAACUUUCAUUCUGCAGCGAAUCGCAGCCAUCAACUGGGGUCGGGUUCACUGGAUCAGGCCUUCAGACAAGUUGUCGUCCAUCAGGGAGACGUUUAAGCAGGCUCAGUCUCAGCAGCCAAGCCUUCUCUUCAUCGACGGUCUCGAGGAUAUUCUCGCCAAAGAUCGCUCUAAUCGUGAUACUGUUAUUGAAGCUCUUGGCGAUGAGCUUGACAAUCUCUCUGCGACAGCCUCUACUGCCAAUGCUUUGCCCCGGGUUGUGGUCAUUGCUACAUGUCUAGAUUAUUUGGCUGAUGUCCCGGCCAAACUUCAGAAACGUUCACGUUUCCGCGAGAAUGUUGCUUUACCUAUCCCUCGCGCAACAGAGCGCCUCGAGAUCUUACGUUUCUUCAACCCUCCUCUACAAGCUGAAGAGAAGGAGUCUUGUCUCGUCAGCCUGGCAUCCAAGACUCACGCAUACAAUGGAGACGAUCUCGCAAAUCUGGUUCUAAAUGCAAAGAAAAUUCUCGGCAACAGGCUCGACGAGGAGACUGCUGCUGCUGCUGCUCAAAAUGUUGACGCUGGUGCUACGGGAGAGAGUUCUCAAGAGACGCAGCAACCAAAAGAACACUAUCUUACGUCUCAAGACAUGGAGCAAGCUCUGCGUAUCACUCGUCCCACAGCCAUGCACGACAUAAACCUGAAGCCACCCACCAUUCACUGGCAAGAUGUUGGUGGCCAAGAAUCCCUCAAAAAGGUUUUAUCUCGUAUGAUCAAAAACACAAAGGAUACAAAUCCUACUUCUCGCCACGUCCUGCGUCAGCCUCCAAAGGGCCUCCUUCUGUACGGCCCGCCUGGCUGCUCCAAAACUCUGUCUGCCCAGGCCAUGGCUACUGAGUCCUCCUUCAACUUCUUCGCUGUCAAGGGUGCUGAGCUUCUCAACAUGUACGUUGGUGAGUCUGAGCGUGCUGUGCGUACGCUUUUCGAACGCGCGCGUGCUGCCGCCCCUUCCAUCAUCUUUUUUGAUGAAAUUGAUUCCAUUGGUGGUUCUCGAACUGGAGGCAACGGCGCCGCUGCUGCCGCCAGGAGCACAGGCUCCGUGAAUAUGCUCACCACUCUCCUUACUGAGAUGGACGGCUUCGAGUCUCUCACAGGCGUUCUGGUCCUCGCCGCCACUAACCGGCCUGAGGCUAUGGACCCAGCCCUCCUCCGUCCUGGCCGCUUCGACCAAAUUCUCUAUGUGGGACCCCCUGACCUCUCUGCUCGAGAAGCCGUCUUCGGCGUGCAUCUUCGGGGCCUGGCACUUUCACCAGACGUCGAUAUCUCGGAACUAGCCCGCAUCACAGAUGGCUAUUCAGGAGCCGAGAUCAAGGCCAUCUGCAACGAGGCCGGCCUGGCUGUACUUGAUAGGUGCGACGAAGACGAAACAGGUACCGAGAAGAUGGAGAUUACGAUGGCGGAUUUGGUGGCUGCGGUAGAGAAGACUCCGAGAAACAUUACGGCUAUGAUGAUUUCGGGCUACGAAAUGUGGUCAAGGCAAUUUAAACGACUAUGA